AUGUAACCAACUGAAAAGUUAUAUAGGUAAGUUUUAUCAAUUGAUCGGUCAAAAGCUCGAGCGAGGGUGGGGACCUUUAUAACCUGCACUGAUUGAGAUAAUACGACAGAGGAAAUGAUAUCGACACGAAUUUCAGUUGAAUGAGAAUGAAAAUUUGAUAGCACCAAUUUUCCUUGAAAAUUCUUGCGAAUCAACAAACCUAUUUCCAUGUUGUCGACGUUCGAUAUAGACACUAAAGAUGAACGAAGACAGUGAAAUUGAGAACUCAAUUCCAUCCAAAAAACCUGAUAUUGUAUUGGACAGCUACAGAUGGGUGAUAGUGAUAAUUUUCGCUGCUUAUAGCGGCACCAACUUUUUUAUGUUUAUGCAGUUUUCGAUUAUAGCCAACAUAACAAAAAGAUAUUACCAUGUCGACAGCCUUAUGACAGAUGCUACGGUACUGGUAUUCAUGAUAGCUUAUAUUAUAUUUUUCAUCCCAGUAGGUCAUUUUAUUCGGAAAAAAAGCCUCAAACAAACAGUUGUGAUAAGUAGUGGAUUGACAGCACUCGGAAAUUCACUGAAACUAUUUGCAGUAUCCCAAGAUAGAUUUUAUCUUGUAAUCAUAUCCCAAGCAAUUUGUGGACUUGCUCAAGUAUUCAUAAUCAGUUUACCACCUCAAGUUGCCAAUACUUGGUUUGGAGCCAAAGAAGUUUCAAUAGCAUGUGCAAUUGGAGUUAUGGGAAGCCAGAUUGGCAUCGCUCUAGGAUGUGUUACGUCGCCUUUUUUGGUACCUGAUUCUUAUAAUAUGCAGGAGAUUGCUAAUGGAUUUUCUACUGUUUUUACUAUCGAUAAUGUUCUUUCGAUAACUAUAUUGGUCUUUAUCAUAUUAUUUUUCAGGUCUGCCCCAAAUUCGCCACCCAGUCAGUCACAAAUAGACCGCAUAGAUGGUUAUGAAGAUGGAUUUGGUUAUUUGGAAACUUUCGAAGUUCUGGUUAAGAUCAAAGAUUAUAAAAUGGUAUUACUAACCUUCGGAUUAUCUUUUGGUAUUGGGAACGGAAUUGGAAUAGUAAUGAAUGAAAUGUUUCUACAUUUCUUUCCUGGUGAUGGAAAAAAUCUUGGAAUUUUGCUACUGUGUGGUAUCAUUGCUGGUGGUGUUUUUGGCACAUUGUUUUUUGGUUGUAUAUUGGAUAAAACACAUGAGUUCAAGAAAGUCACCACUUUCGUCCUGGUAGCAAAUGCUAUUUCUUGGACUGGUUUGAUCAUGUCUUAUCAGGCAAGAUCUUUAAUUGGGGCUUCAUUGUUUAUACCUAUUAUGGGGUUCUUCAACGGAAGCCUUGUGGUGAUUGGUUUUGAGUACGCCACAGAAACCACCUACCCUAUUCCAGAAUGUUAUAGUGCCUCUCUUCUGAACGCGUCUAUCUACAUGGUUGCCAUACUGGCAGUACUCGUUAUAGAAUGUGUAAUCAGAUGGAUAGGUUUUUUUACAGGACAAAUUAUAUUUGCUACAUUGCUCUUUACAGCUGCAGGCUGUAGCUUUUUGAUAUCUUCCGAUUACAGAAGAAGAGAUGCUAACCUAUUGAGCAAGAGCAACACUAAUUAUGGUAGCUUCAUUGAUGAAAAACCCUAGCCAAAGAAAGAAAUAAUAUAUGUAUCGAAAU